AAAGCCCUUGGACUCGUCCUCUCAUCCUGGACUCGUCCUCUCAUCUCCAGUCCCUCCACAGGAGCAGGCAUCUGGUGAGAGCUGAGCCGGGGUUAAAGGCAAAGUGCAGGCUGGUCCUGAGGGUGGUCACUUCUGGUCAAUUUCAUUUCACACUGCCAUUUACAAUUGAGUUGGGUCCUCAGAUAAUUUUGAAAACUUUUCUAUUUGGCUUCAUACUCACAGGUGAGCCCUUCAUCAUGGCUUGAGGAGGACCCCUACCCAACUUGUUCUGGUUCCGGCAUUUAAGUUCUCAGAUUAAUUUCAUGAUAUGUAGAAUAAAUCAAAGUUAUAAGACUGCAGUGUGAAAUGUCCAAGAAGAUAACAAGGAAAUAGGAAGGCUAUUUCUGAUGCUUGGAAGCUACCCUUUCAGCCACAAAGAUGGUCAUAAAUCUUUGCCUCCCACAGUUCAGACCAAGAAUUUACUGCAACAAGAUAUCAGCUGAUGGUUAUGAAGUAGAAAAUCUCAUCUCUGAAGACCUGACAAAGAGAAGUCAUGGUUUUAGGACAGAGUAUUUCAUUAAGCCACCAGUCUACGUGAUAGUUUCCUUUCCCUUCAGUGUGGAAAUCUGUAGGAUUAACAUAGACCUCACAGCUGGGGGAGGCCAGAAUGUCACCGGCCUGGAAAUGUACACAUCUGCCUUAUCCAGCAGAGCAUCUUGGAAUGCCCCCGAGUGUCGGACCCCGGGCCCCGCCGAGCCGUCCAUCCCAGACAAGGAGGCGUUCACCUUAGUAGGCAAAGUCUUAUUGAAAAACCAGAGCCAAGUGGUGUUUAGUCACAGGGGCUUCAAGGCCAGGCCACCUUUUGGCCCAAUGGACGCCACACUCCCCUCUCCUGCUGUUGUGGCACAGGAGCUCUGGAAUAAAGGGGCUCUUUCCCUUAGCCACGUGGUCCAUCUCAAGAUCUGUAUCACCCAUGUGGCAGGCAGCGGUAUCCCUUGCAUCAAACGAUUGGAAGUGUGGGGUCAGCCAGCUAAAACCUGCUCUCAGGAGGUGAUAGACAGUGUCCUGCUGGUUGCCUCAGAGAGCCUCCCUCAGGACUUGACUCUGCAGGCCCCAGCCUUGCCCAUGGAGAGUGACUGUGAUCCCGGAAGCCUGUCUGAGGGCCAGCAGGCCCCCUCCAGCCUGCAGGAGCUAGCCGAGGUGAUUCAGGAUGUGCCUGAGGAGUUCCUGGAUCCCAUCACCCUGGAGAUCAUGCCUUGCCCCAUGCUGCUGCCUUCAGGCAAGGUCAUCGACCAGAGCACGCUGGAAAAGUGUAACCGCAGCGAAGCCGCCUGGGGCCGAGUGCCCAGUGACCCUUUCACGGGGGUAGCCUUUACUCCACACUCCCAGCCCCUGCCUCACCCCUCCCUGAAGGCCCGGAUCGACCAUUUCCUGCUCCAGCACUCCAUUCCGGGCUGCCAUCUGCUUGGGAGAGCACAGACUGCAUUGGCAGUGACACCUUCUUCCAUUGCUCUGCCCUCUCGGAAAAGGAAGAUGGAGCAGACUGAACAUGCCCCGGACAGUAGCCUUGGGGUAAACGCUUCCUGUUUUUCUACCACAAGCCUUCUGGUCUCACCCACUACCUCAGAGCACACCGCUAAGAAAAUGAAAGCUGCCAGUGAACUUGGGCUGACACAUAUGGACUGCUCAACAGGUCCCGUGUCCCACGAGCAGAAGCUGUCACAGAGCUUGGAAGUUGCCUUGACAUCGACUCUUGGCUCCAUGCCCUCCUUCACGGCUCGGCUGACCCGGGGACAGCUCCAACAGCUCGGCACAAGAGAGAGCAGCGCCUCCUGGAGGCCAGGCGCCGCCUCGGAGCAGCCUGGGAGCAUCCCGGGGCCCGAGUGUGCCUCCUGCAAAAGAGCGUUUUCUCCCUACUUCAAAAAGGAGCCUGUGUACCAGCUCCCCUGUGGCCACCUCCUAUGCCGGCCCUGCCUGGGUGAGAAGCAGCGCUCCCUGCCCAUGACGUGCACAGCCUGCCAGAGGCCAUUUGCCAGCCAGGACGUGCUGCGUGUCCACUUCUGAGUGACCAGCUCCAACCUGAGAAGACCUGUCGAUGGGAGGAGCUGAGGGAGUGUGUGUGUGGGGUUGGGGGGCACAAUCCCCUGAAGUCAGGCCAAAUCCCAAGCACAGAGGGGCCCUUUCCUCCCCAGGGGCUUUCCCUUUGCCUCCUUCCAGAGUGUAGCACCCGGGCCAGAACACAGGGGAGGGGUGCUCCACUCCUGCUCAAGUGGCAAUAGGGUAACAAAGCCAUAGUUUGGGCUGGGAGGGAUAGGGGAUGUAUCCCUGCCCUCCUGUGCCUCCCUGCCACCCCCUCUGCCAGAGCCCAGGGCCUGUUAGAGCCAGCCCCACCCUGCCAAGGGCCCCCUGAGUUGUCUGCACACACACCCCAGCCCUGCAGGAUGGACCCGAGUGGAGCAUGAGAGACCAUGGCUUGAGAGCUCAAGGACAGCCUCCGCCCGUGGGGUCACCUAGAGUGUUCCGUGGCUGGAGUCUGCGGUGAGUGACUCAGCCCCCGACUGGCAGACGACUCUGAGCCUUAAUAAAGCGAUGGUUGACGUCUG